UCAAGAAUUAACCCUCCAAAUUCUCUACCACACCUUACAAAUAUUCAAGCCCAUUACACCAAUCAUCCGUUUCAUCUCUGUAGAGAUCUCUAAUGGAGGUCUGGUUCAUCUUCUUCCUUUCUCUCUGUCUCUGUGCAGCUAUCAAAUCCUUCCUCCAUCUCUCCUCCCAUGGCAAACCCAAGCAAACAAAUUUCUCCCUCCCUCCAGGCCCUCUUAAAGUACCUAUAAUCGGUAACUUACUAUGGCUUCACAAAUCCUUCACUGAUUUUGAACCAAUCCUCCGAAACCUUCGCCAAAAGUACGGUUCAAUCAUUACCCUCCACAUUGGCUCUCGCCCAGCCAUCUUCAUCACCAACCACUCUCUCGCCCAUAAAGCCCUUAUAGAGAACGGUGCCGCCUUCGCCGACCGCCCACCAGCCACCGAUUCUGAACGAAUCAUUAAUUCUAACCAACACAACAUCAACACUGCUUCCUAUGGUCCUCUUUGGAGAACCCUUCGUCGGAAUCUCACUUCUGAGCUCCUCCAUCCUUCUAAGGUUAAAUCCUAUUCUCAUGCCCGCAAAUGGGUAUUGGAAAUCCUCAAGGAAAGGCUCAGAUUCCAUGGUGAAUCAGGUGAGCCUGUGCGUGUAAUGGAUACCUUUCAGUACAUCAUGUUCUGCUUACUGGUUUUCAUGUGCUUUGGGGAUAAACUUGAUGAGAAGGUCAUUAGAGAAAUUGAAAAUGUAGAGAGAACCUUACUUGUUAGUUUCCGCUUCUUCAGUGUUCUUUCGUUCUUCCCUACAUUGGGCAAAAUCUUUUUCAGAAAUCGUUGGCAGAAAUUGCUUGAUAUGCGUCAGAGACAGGACUCUGUUAUAGGUUCUCUAAUUAGAGCCCGAAAGGAGAAGACGCAAGUGAACCCACAUGAACUCUUCGUCUCUUACAUCGAUACAAUGUUCAAUCUUCAAAUCCCAGAUGAUGAAGGGGGACGAAAGCUCACAGAACAAGAAAUGGUGACUCUUUCUUCAGAGUUUCUAAAUGCUGGUACAGACACAACAUCUACUGCGCUUCAAUGGGUCAUGGCUAAUCUGGUGAAGCACCAAGAAAUCCAAGAAAAGUUGUAUUCUGAAAUCAAAGAAGUGGUGGGUACAGGUGAAGAAGAGAUCAAAGAAGAGGAUUUGGGGAAGAUGCCUUACUUGAAAGCUGUGGUUUUGGAAGGGCUAAGGAGACACCCACCAGGCCAUUUUGUGUUGCCACAUGCUGUCACUGAAGAUAUUGUGUUGGAUGGCCAUGUUAUACCAAAGAAAGCUGCAGUGAAUUUCAUGGUUGCAGAGAUGGGAUUGGAUCCAAAGGUUUGGAAAGAGCCAAUGGAGUUUAAGCCAGAGAGGUUCUUGGGUGAUGAGGGGGAAGGGUUUGAUAUAACAGGGACUAGGGAGAUCAAGAUGAUGCCAUUUGGUGCAGGGAGGAGGAUUUGCCCGGGACUUGGGUUAGCUGUGCUGCAUCUGGAAUUUUUUGUUGCAAAUUUGAUCAGAGAUUACAAAUGGACGGCUGUUGAAGGAGUAGGUGUUGACUUGUCAGAAAAGCCAGAGUUCACAACUGUCAUGAAAAAUCCAUUGCAUGCCCACAUCUCUCCUAGGGUGAAAUAAGAUAUUGUCAUCAAUCUCAUUGAAAAAAAUUAUAUAUUUCACUUAAAAAUAUAUUAUAUUAAAAAGGCCAAGAUAUAAGAUUAAUUUUUUUUUGGGUAAGAAUUACAUAUUUUUUUAACACCUUGGUGAGUUCAAUAAGAAAACCCCUUUUUAAGUCUCA